AUGACUAUUACUAUAAAAUGUAUAGAAGAAAAGGAGCCUUUGCUUGAUACCGAGAUGAACUCAGGGCCCAAGCGUAUAGCUCUCUUUGUUGAGCCAUCUCCCUUUGCUUAUGUCUCUGGAUAUAAAAACCGGUUCCAGAAUUUCAUCAAGUAUUUACGUGAAAUGGGGGAUGAGGUCCUAGUUGUAACGACUCAUGAAGGAAUACCUCAAGAGUUUUAUGGAGCUCAUUUGAUUGGAUCAAGAAGCUUCCCUUGUCCGUAUUACGAAAAGGUACCUCUUUCACUUGCCCUCAGCCCAAGAAUAAUUUCGACCGUGGCCCAAUUCAAGCCUGAUAUUAUACAUGCAUCAUCUCCUGGCAUUAUGGUUUUUGGAGCUCUUGCCAUCGCAAAAUUACUAUCUGUGCCUAUAGUGAUGUCAUAUCACACCCAUGUUCCUGUAUAUAUCCCUAGAUACACUUUCAGUUGGCUGGUUAAACCGAUGUGGUUAAUCAUAAAGUUUCUGCAUAGGGCUGCUGAUCUUACACUCGUCCCGUCUGCUGCCAUUGGAAAAGAUCUUGAAGCAGCUAACGCAACUUCAGCAAACAGGAUACGUGUCUGGAACAAAGGUGUAGAUUCCGAGAGCUUCCAUCCUCGGUUUUUCUCCCGAGAAAUGAGAUCACGAUUGAGCAAUGGAGAAACCGAUAAGCCAUUGAUAGUUCACGUAGAUCGUCUUGGAGUCGAGAAGAGUUUGGAUUUCCUAAAGAGAGUAAUGGAUAGGCUUCCAGAAGCUCGAAUAGCUUUCAUUGGUGACGGACUUACAGGUGAGUCGAUCGAGCUCGAGAAGAUAUUCUCGGGCAUGCCAGCUGUAUUCACCGGCAUGCUUCAAGGAGAGGAGCUUUCGCAAGCGUACGCUAGCGGGGACGUUUUCGUCACGCCCUCCGAAUCGGAGACUCUCGGGCUCGUCGUCUUGGAAGCCAUGUCAUCCGGGCUGCCCGUGGUUGCCACUCGGGCAGGUGGCAUCCCGGAUAUCAUACCCGAGAGUCACGAAGGAAAAACAGGAUUCUUGUUCUGCCCAGGUGACAUGGACGACUGCGUGAGAAAGCUGAGGCCCCUUCUGCACGACCAGGAUUUAAGUCGGGCAGUCGAGCGGGCUGCCCGUGCUGAGGUGGAGAAAUACGAUUGGAGGGCGGCCACUAGGAAGAUCAGAGACGAGCAGUAUAGUGACGUGAUCCGGUUAUGGAGGAAAGAGAGGGAAGAGUUCUUGAGACCGUUUAGGUGGUUGUUCGGGGGAGUUGGUUUUCGGGCCUCGUCGAUUGGGGCGUGACGACUUUCGGGUUUUUCGCUUGUUUGUUUGGUGGCAGAAAUGAUUUUUAGUUCUGUUGUUUGACGUCAUAGCAAUUUUAGUUUCAAUGUUCCAACUUUUCGCCUUUUG